AACGCAGUGUAGUAUAGACAACAAUAUCCCGAUAUGGUAUUAUUUCCAACGAUAAAUCGAAUAGCAAACCCAAGUACAGGUUUGAAUCUUCCUGGUGGUCGAAGAAGAAGAUUGUUUAUACCUCCAUCGACUCAAUACCCCCUUUUCUUGUAUGGUGAAGGCGAUGAUCAACGUUCUUUCCUUUCCCUUAUUGAAGCAGGGUCAGAAUAUGUAUCGGAUGAUGUCAGUGAUGUUGUAAGUGUGGCAACCUCACGAUCCCUUCCGUCUUCUUUAAGUACAAUCGACGAUCAAGAAAGUUUCCAUAGUUGGCUUGUUGAAGAACAUCGACGAAUUUCAUUUUCCAAUGAUGAAGAAGAUCUCAGCGAUCAAGAACAAGAAGAACAGGAACAUCAUCCACACAAGAGAAGGCGAUCAAGUGCUAGUUCUAGCAUUAAGGAUUUCAUUCAUUUAAGAACUACCUAUCCCCUUGAAAUCCUGACCCUAUUUCGUCAUUCGUUCCCAUUAAUUAUUACAUUCAUCCUUGAACAUUUCUUCUCCAUUGUAUGUUUGAUUGUAGUGGGGAAAUUAGGAACCAGUGAGCUUGCAGCAGUAUCGCUUGCCACCAUGACUUCAACCAUUACAUUUGCUAUAUUUGAAGGGUCGGCAACUGCAUUGGACACGUUAUGUCCUCAGGCAUAUGGGGCAGGGAACCCCGAGUUGAUGUGUACAUUUGUUCAAAGAAGUAUAUUAUUUUCUUGGACAUUGUACAUUCCAUGUGCAUUUUUCUGGUGGUAUUCGGCCCAUUUGUUCAGAUUUAUCAUUGACGAUGAAAUUGUCGUUGAGCUUACCAGUAAAUUUUUACGGAUAUUAAUUGUGGGCGGUCCAGGGUAUAUCUUUUUUGAGAACUCGAAAAGAUUCUUACAAUCGCAAGGAAUAUUUGAAGCCGGAACUGGAAUUUUGUUUAUUGCUGCACCUUUAAACAUUCUUCUUUCUUGGUUUCUUGUUUGGAACGAGACUUAUGGAUUGGGGUACAUCGGAGCUCCAAUUGCCACAGCAAUAAACUUUUGGUUUAUGAGCUUCUUAAUGAUUAUGUAUGUUCGAUUCAUUGAUGGUUACAAGUGUUGGUUUGGAAUUGCCAAAUUCACGGAAUUGAUUAGUAAUUGGAGUCAACUUUAUCGAUUGGCCAUUCCAGGUAUUAUUAUGAUUGAAUCAGAGUAUAUUGCCUAUGAAAUAAUGACACUUUUUGCAUCGUAUUUUGGAACUAGACAACUUGCUGCUCAAAGUGCUGUUUCUAGUAUUGCUAGUUUAGCAUAUAUGAUCCCAUUUGCGGUAAGUAUAGCAGCUCUGACAAGAAUUGCUAAUUUCAUUGGUGGUCAAAAUAAACGAGGGGCAAUAAUGGCAACCAAGGUAGCUAUGGCUGCCUCACUUAUUGUUGCCAGUUUUAAUUGUAUUACCUUGUUCACUUUCCGGAAACAAAUUGCCCAAAUUUUUACCCGAGAUCCCCAUGUUAUCAAGCUAAUUGAUGAUUUGUUUAAUCCUUUAGUUGCAGUUAUCCAAUUGUGUGAUGGUGUUGCUUGUGUAAAUAGUGGUAUUUUACGAGCUCAAGGAAGACAAAAGAUUGGUGGGUUAAUCAAUUUUGUUGCUUAUUACGCAUUAGGAUUACCCUUGGCACUUACAUUAAGUAAAAUUAUUGGAUUAGAGUUGUUUGGAUUAUGGAUCGGAAUUGGUGUAGGUAUGGCCGUGAUUGGAAUUACCGAAACUGGUAUUAUUAUUUGGAGUGAUUGGGAAGAGAUUUUAAUUCGAGCCGGUCUUUUAAUAGAAUGUGAUGAGGAUGAUGACAACGAUGAUGUUACGGGAUUUUUUGCAUAGUUUUUACAAGAAUAUAAUAGAUAUUUGUUUAAUUACUUUCUGUAAACUGGAUGGCCAAAGCUAGUUGGUCAAGGCAUAAUAAAUUCAGCCACCUCUUUGCAUAAAUUUACACCGGCUAACACGAUAUAGGAAAAAUUAGCAGUUAAACUAUAACAUUAAGAUGAACUAAAGUUGUGUAUAUAACAAACUUUG